GGUUCGUGCAGCAGGGGCUGCCUAGGAUAGUGAUUGGAUUCACCGGAAAACGAAGUGGAGGAGGCCGGAGUUGGCCUUAAGGUUCAGGAGUAGCUCGGAGAGGAAGAGGGAGAAAGAGGUCAUGAACAAACAGCUCUGGGACAUGUCUUGGAAAAACCUCGGGGAAAUGUCAAUAAAAGAGCAGGAGCAAGGGCCCCAGGGAGCUGAGGCCAAGAUCCCUAGCCAGGCCUCCCUUGGAGGCCUAGGCAAGUCUCGAUGUCCAAUGUGCAUGGAACUCUUCAAAGUCCCCAGGAUCUUACCUUGCUUGCACACGUUUUGCACGGCCUGCCUAGAAGAGCUGGAGCCCUUCUCUGUACUGAUGUUGCGAACACCAGACUCAGAAAAGACCCCGGAGAGGCCUUGGCCCUGGGAUAAACAGCACCAGCCCCUGGAGCCCCAGCUUAGCAUCCUCUGCCCAGUCUGUGAUACAGAGGUUGAUCUGCCUCCUGGAGGAGUGAAGGCCUUAACCAUAGACCAUCUGGCAAUAAAUAAGGUGCUGCUGCAAAAUCUGCAAGAGGACAGGCCGUGCCUGGUGUGUGAUCUGUGCAGUGACAGGGAAGUGGAUAGUCGAUGUCUCACCUGCAGGGUGAAUCUCUGCCAGUUCUGCAGCCAGGCCCAUAGGCGGCAAAAAAAAACUGCUUUUCACUCUAUCAUGCCCUUGAAAGACUUGAAAGGAUACAACCAGAUUGGGAAGGCAAUUGUGUGUUCCAUCCAUCCUCCUGAGGAGCUGAACCUGUUCUGUGAGCAGUGUGACCAGCCAGUGUGCAGGGACUGUGUGCUAGGUGAUCAUCGGGAGCAUACCUACGACUUGGUCAGCAAUGUGAUCUACAAGCAUGGGAAUUCCAUUCGGGAUCUCCUCAAGAGUACCCAGCCACAUAUGGGGACCUUGGAGAGAGCUCUGGUCCAGAUCGAGGGCGUGGGCAGUGCUCUCCGGAGCCGCAUGGAUGCCCUGUCUUCUGAUGUCCGAGAAUUUUGUGAUGGCUACAUCAUGGCGAUCAGAGAACACCGGGACCAGUUGCUAAAGCAACUGGAAGAUGUCCGGAUCCAGAAGGAGAACUCUCUACACCUCCAGAAGCUUCAGGUAGAGCAGUUGCUGGCAGACCUUCGGACAGGAGUCGAGUUCACAGAACACUUGCUGAAUAAUGGCACUGACCUGGAGAUCCUUGUCACCAAGAAAGUGGUGGUGAACAGGCUGAAGAAGCUCAAGAAAACUGACUAUAGCAUUGGCCCUGGAUUGGAUGAUGGCAUCUGCUUCUCUCCCCAAGAGAAGGCAGGCCAGUACGGUGGCUAUGAAGUUUUUGGGGCCAUUCUCACCAAAGGGGUUGAUCCCACCAAGUGCAUUCUCCAAGGGGAAGACAUCCAGAAAGUUUGUGAAAAGCAGAAAGUCACUUUAACCCUGCUCUGCAGAGAUAUAUUGGGGGAGCACAUGGGCAGAGGUGGAGAGCACAUCCGAGUGAACGUCAUCCAUAAAAAUAAGGACUGUGUUCUUAAGACGAUGAUUCAGGAUAACAACAAUGGGACUUACACUAUUUCCUUUAUCCCCGAGGAACUUGGCCUCUACACUGUAUGCAUCUUUGUCAAAGGGCAACAUAUCCAGGGCUCGCCAUACACAAUGACUGUGAGGAGAAGGUUCCGCCAACACCAGGGAGUCUUCCAUUGCUGCUCAUUCUGUUCCAGCGGAGGCCAGAAGAAUGCCAGAUGUGCCUGCGGAGGGACCAUGGCAGGUGGGUAUCAAGGUUGUGGACACGGACACAAAGGUCACCCAGGCCGUCGUCACUGGUCAUGCUGUGGAGGGACAGAGGAGAAUUCUGAAUGCUUGGGGGAGAUUCCCCAGAGGAGUCUGGUCAGGACGGUGGCACUCUAAAAAGGCCCAGUUCCAGGAAGACCUCAGGCCUUGUGGAAGAGCUGCUGAUUAAUUCUGAAGAAACCACUAAAAUAAAUGUGCCUUUUCUUACCAUCUA